CUUCAGUUUCAGGAGGCAUAGAGUUGGCAUAAAGGAAAUUCUGCGGCUAAAGUUGCCACGGAGGGCAGAACAGACUUCUCAGUCUGGACUACAGAUACUACUCGGCUCACCUCCCACCCGGACGUUUUUGUUGUGUUAAAGGAAAAGACACUAUGGCCUGGCCCAUGGAAAUAUCAACGGGAGCAGCGCGUGUUCGACAUUCGGGCCGCAGCAAUGCUUUCUUAAGAACGUAGGUUUACCGUCGACUAACAGAGCACAACCCUUUAUCUUCCGAUGUCUCCUAUCCUGGCCUCAGUCGCUGCAGUCCUCCUAGCCUAUUUGCUUCGCUCGUGGCUGAAACGGCCUUCAGUCAAACACGUCAAAGGACCUCCACCCGUAUCCUUCUGGCUAGGUCAUGAACGACUUCUUCGCAAUCAAGAGAACUUCGGAGAACUCGAAAUGAAAUGGUGCAAGGAAUAUGGAAGCGUAUAUCGUGUCGGGGGCUGUUUUGGACAAGACAUCUUGGUGGUAUCUGAUCCUAAGGCUCUCGAUCACAUCUUCCACAUUUCACGCCCGUACCCAAAAUCGAAGGAUUUCAACUUCAUCCUUGGUCUUAUCCUCGGAGGAGGGCUUAUCGUCGUUGACGCUGAAAGUCACCAUCGCCAGCGCAAAAUUUUAAAUCCUGCAUUUUCUCCUGCUCAGCUGCGGAAUUCGCAGCUAGUAUUCCGGCAGUGCAGCGACAAGCUUGUGGACGCUUUGAAGGGAUCCUUGACUGAGACUAACGAAACCGUCAACAUUAUGGAUUGGACAAGCAAAGUCACUCUGGAUAUCAUCGGUCUAACCGCCUUUCGAUACGACUUCGGUUCACUCGAAGGUCGUAACACAGAGUUAGGGCAAGCUCUGAAGCAUCUAUUCACGACUUCACAAUCUAAUACGACAGCAUUCGAGUUCAUGCUUGUGGCUCUGAUUAGAAUUCUUCCGGAUUCAGUGUUGAACCUCCUGCGACUGUUCUCAACUCGGGAAACUCGUCAGUUCGCCAGGCUAGGAGAAGUGUCAAGAAGAACUGCCCGGGAGAUUAUGGUCAGUCAGUACGAAGUACAAGAACAGGGCGACGAUAAAGAUGUUGUCGAUCUCCUAGCGAGGGCGCGCCUUACAGGCAAAAUGAAUGAAGAUGAAAUCGAGUCGCAGCUAGUAACAUUCGUGCUUGCUGGUCAUGAAACGACAGGUACGACCGUAGCCUGGUUGCUAUACGAACUUGCCGCACAUCCCGACCACCAAUCUAUCAUACGCGAAGAGUUAAAACAAUAUAAGGACUACGACUCGAUGCCGUUCAUGGGCGCAGCGAUCAAAGAAGUUCUCCGUCUUCACCCCAUCGUGCAUUCCCUCACACGAACUGCUCCUUGCGAUGACGUUCUCCCUCUUUCUGGAGGGAAGACACUUGCCGUACCCAAAGGGCAGACCUUUGCUUGUUCGAUGUAUUCGUACAAUCGCCUACCAUCGCUCUGGGGUGACGAUGCAGAGGAAUGGAAUCCUACUCGGUUUCUUAAGAAAGAUCUUCCCGUUUCGCUAGGAGUUUACUCUAAUUUAAUGACCUUCGGCGCUGGGCCUCGGUCAUGCAUCGGUUGGCGGUUUGCGAUUAUGGAGCUACAGACGAUUUUAGCAAGACUGAUUCAGAAUUUCGAGUUUUUCUUGCCAGAGGGAGGUGUGGAAAUGCAACAGUUCCCCGGAUCGCCGGCGGUUGUGCCUGUUGUAAAAGGCAAAGCCCAUUUGGGUGCCCAGGUCCCAUUGAGAGUUAAAGUUUUACAUCAAUAAAAGACGACCCUGGAGGACGCGAUAAAUGGGACUGUAUUUCACUCUAAUGCAUACGUAGAUUAGU